AUUCUUAGAGAAGGUUCAAGUGCAGAAAACUCACUUCUAAAGCUCAUUCUCGUCCGAUUUGUGUCCAGAAGCAAGCAUGCUACACCGUUCAAAACCAGCAGGCGUUACUAUCUAUUUGAACGAGAGAGAAUGGGGCAAGUAUGUGUGUUUUAAAAAAGAGUGAAAAAAUCAGCUUCUUGAGCAGAUAAGUAACAAUUUUAGAACUUCGUAGCCCACGAUUUACUACAGUGAAUGAGUCUACACAUAUUGGACGUUUUCGAGUCGUUUGUGUUGUUUUAAAUAGUUAUCGUGAGCUUGGGCUUCCUGUGGUUGAUACUUUCCGCAAUGGCUGAGGAAUACGACAAGUCGUUGGAAACCACGAAAAGAAUAUUCGAUCUUUAUCGAAAAUACGGGGGUGAAGACUACAUUGGCGAACCAUUGUCACAAACAGAGCAUAUGAUACAAUGUGCUAUGCUUGCAGAGAAGGAAGACUUUAGUGAUGAGGUGAUUUUAGGAGCGUUAUUUCAUGACAUUGGACAUCUGAUCGGUUUUGAGGAACAAUCACCGCAGAUGGGAGAGUAUGGAACUGAAAAACAUGAAAUAAUUGGCGAGAAGUUUUUGUCUGACUUAGGAUUCCCUGAAUCGGUGACAAAGAUGGUGGGAGGACAUGUUGAUGCUAAGCGUUAUUUGGUUUAUAAAUAUGAAGAUUUUUACGAAAAGUUGUCAGCAGCAAGCAAGCAAACACUAAUUCACCAAGGAGGUCCUAUGUCAGCAGAGGAAGCAUCAGCCUUUGAGAAACUCCCAGUUUUUAAAGCAUUGAUUCAAAUGCGAACCUGGGAUGACAAAGGGAAAAUUGAAGGGCUACCAAUAGAACCAUUAUCAAAAUAUGAAGAUAUGUGUAUUAAAUAUCUAAAAUCAAUCAAUAAAUAAAAGAUAAACAAUCUGCACAUAAAAAUUUAAUAUCAUUUUAAUAUCAUUUUAUAUAUAAAAGAAUUAUUAGCCUUUAUUAUAGUAAGGCUUUUGUAUGUGAACCCACAAUUUUUAACCAAAGCUUAUAUUCAACUAAGGAUAUAGAACUUGUAAUUUUAAGACCUGGAGGUGUUGUAAAUUGAAAUACCUAAAAAUAUUGUAAAAAAUCAAUAGUGUUUAAGUAGUAAUUAUUCAAAUAAUUUGUGAUCGAAUACUAUUUUAUUAGUCAAUACUAGUAAAUACACCAUAUUUUUAA